AUGACAUACUCUCAGAUGGAAGAAGCCCUUCUAUCGUACCUCGGUGACCGAUACUCUGCAGAUGACUGGAAAGAAGCUCAAGAUGCCUUGUUUUCCGGUGACAGCAAUGACAGCAUCGCACUGGGAAAUCUUUGCGCAGUGAAGGCAAAGCAUUUACCCCAGGCCUCCUCUAGCUCAUCGCAUAAUCCGUAUCUCGACAUCGAAGCAGGAGAAGAAUCGGAGGAAGAAUCGGAAGAUGAUGAUGGUGGUGGUGGUGGUGGUGGUUGCCCCUCUGUUCAGUGGCAGAAGGCUACACACAUCCCCGGACGAUCGGCCAUAGAUAAGUUGGCCGUAGCCAUUGAUGACAUCUUCAAUCGGUAUGAAGAGCACGCGCCCACCUCGUCAGGAAAUCGCGUCCCUGGCUCGAUCCCCUUAGCCUCGCUACAACUGCCGGCAGCCAAAAGCAGAAUGUAUCUGCUCCAUGUUCAAAGAACUGCCGCGGAAUACAUUCGUAGUCAUCUUCGUAACCAAGGAUUUCCUGUUAUUGCUUCGGCAUGGGUACCUGGCCAACUUUAUGUGGUCGCAGACAGCCCAAAAACUAUUUCAGAAUCACUUCCUAUCUCACACAGUCUCGCCAUGAAACAAUAUAUUCGCAUCUUGCAGGAAGAAUGCGAAGCAGUGGAACGUCCACGUUCCAAGCUUCCCAGUCCAGCGUGGGUGAGGAUUACGUACAGCAAGUAUAAGGGUGACAUAGCAUAUGUCUUUGAUUCCGAUUCAUCGAAUGAUUUCGUCGAAGUCCUAAUUCCUCCACAGGACUUCCCCUAUCCCAUGCCCCGCGGAUCUGUAGCACUACUCGACUGA